AAGACUGCAAAUCCAAAAAAAUGACCGAUUUGACCGUGGCGCCUCAUUGGUAGGAGCUGUGGCGAAUGUAGUUGCUGAGGGAUGCUUGGAGGAGGAAGUGAGCAGAGAAGGUGCGACUGGAUACAUUAGCGAUCGGAAAUACGUCCUCUGCUGGGUUAACGCCGGCGGUCGGAUACAUUUUGGAAUCCUGAUACACGGACCCCGUCGGCGGAUACAUUCGUGAAAUCGGAUACACGGCGCUUUCCCUGGGAUACUGUUGUGUCUGCGAUGGAUACCAUGUGAACGUCGGCCUGGUCUGGUCUUCAUGCGAUCGCUUCACUCGGGGAGGGGGGUUUGAAAUUUUCACGGAACGGCCCGAGUCUCUUGGCUUGAAACAUGUGCGAUGGGAUGAUUGUACGAAAGAGCCACAGGCAACAUAGAGUAACGCUGAUAUCAGUGCUCUUCAUCUGCAUCUCCAAUGGAUUAGCGUCAAAUGGCCCAUCAGCUCCUCCCAGAGACCACCACUUACCUGUGCAUUCGGGGCACUUGACAGUGGCCAAUUCACCUACUAAUCGGCAGCUCUUUGGGACGUGGGAGGAAACGAGAGCUCGGGGUGGAAACCCACACAGUCACAGGGAAAACAUGCAAACUACACACUCAGAUAGCCUUGGAGCCAACUGCCGGCACCCUUUUCAACCGGAAAAUGGGGGUUUUGCUUGCCACCCAUCCACCUGCAACGACUUUGUGCCCAAGACGGUCAUCGAGUACUUCUGCCAUGAGGGCUACACACUGAAGGGGGACUACAAGUACCUGACCUGCAAGAGUGGAGAAUGGGAGCCCGCCAUGGAGGUCAGCUGCAGACUAAAUCCAGCUAAAAAGAGCGGGGAGAAUAUCGGGGUGCCGACACUGUCGAUCGUGGCGUCCACGGCCAGCUCUGUUGCCCUCAUCCUCCUCCUGGUCGUCCUCUUUGUUCUGCUGCAACCCAAACUCAAGUCGUUCCACCACAGCAGGCGGGACCAGGGCGUGUCCGGCAACCAGGUCUCCAUCGUGGUGGACGGAGUCCCCGUCUCGCUGCCCUCUUAUGAAGAGGCUGUGUACGGCAGUUCGGGCGCCGCCAUCGCCCCCUCCGGCUCGCGGGUGCAGAUCGUCAUGGCCGAAGGCCCGGCGCCCGGAGCGCAGGCGGCAGCAGAAGUCCCCCGCCCCGGGGGAGGGGGGGACGGUGGCCCCGGCCCAUCCCAGCCCUACAUCACCAGCAGCAGCAGCAGCCGCUCAGAGACUGUACUCAUCCACCACCCCGCACCCUCCUUGCCCGACAAUUCCCGCCGGGGACCACUCAGGCUCUCACAGUCUUCCGACACUCAGGACUCGGAGAGCAGUGACGUCCACAGUCUCCUGUCUCUCAACUCCCCCGCAGGAUCUACUGACGAUAUUCCACUGCUCAAGGACGCUUAACAUGAUGGGUGCGAGGUAUACUGCUCAGCUUCACCAUCCUCUUCAGCACUUGAUCCUCCAUCUCCAGCUCACUCACUCACUCUAUUCCAAGACCCCAAGCCAGAGAGAUGCUCAUUGCCCACUGGUGACAGGGACGUGAUAGUGACGCUGUUUGUUCUGGGUAUGUUCUGCCAGUGGAAUUAACCGGUGUGACCCAGAGGUUGCCUUCACUCACGCUGGUUAAUUCUGGGCGAGGUGACUGUGCAGCAAGGGAUGAAUAACCCUGAUAUUUGCAGUGCAGGGCUGGGGUUUGAUGGAACAUGGUGGGUGAGAGCUUGACCUGUGCAUUUUAUCCACACUUUCUGGUUUGGCCCUCAGUGCCGUUUUUGCAUCCAUCUUAUUCAGCUGCUGCCCGGUCCACUUUAAAGGCAUGCUCGCCUAUCUCCAGCUGCUAAUAGAAACUUGAGAACAAAAGCAGAACCUGCAUUAGAUCGUACGGUCUUUCGUGCAAUAACAGCAUGACCGAUUCUGUACCUUGUCUACUUUGCUGCACAAUUCUCCCUUAGUUCCCAACUUGUCCAAAACUACUACAAUCUCCGUCUUGCGCAUGUUGAAUGACUGAGCAUCCAUAGCCUUUUGGGCUAGAGAAUUCCAAAGAUUUACAGCCGUCUCAUUUUACCAUGUCGUGAUCAUGAAUAGUUGAUCCUUUUUCCUGAGACAUGCCUCCUAGAUGGGGGCACUCCGGCCAGUUUCAUUUCACUCGUGUCUCGUUCUAUUAAAACACAGUAUUCAUCAAUCUGGUGAGACAUCCCCUUAUCCCAGGAAUCAAUCUAAUUAAUUCACACUGUUCUUCUUUGGGUAUGCGGGCCAAAACAGCGCACAGUGCUCAUAAAACUGCAAUGUAUUUGCAUUAGAGUCCAAUUGUAUCCCCUCUGCCUUGUAAAAAAAAAAAAACAGGAACUCAACGGAUUAGGCAGCAUCUGUGGAAAGAAAUGGACAUUUGGGUUGGGACCCGAAAUGUCCUGAUCUAAAACAUCAUCUGUCCUUUUUACAGAUGCUACCCGACUCGCUGAGUUCCUCCUGCAAAUAGUUUUUUGCUCAAGAUCCCAGCAUCUGCAGUCUCUUGUGUCACCGCUCUGCCUUGCCUUAAAGGCCAACGUACCAUUAAUCUUUAACUCCCACCGUCAAUGCACAUUAACUUCCUGGAUUUCAUGAAUUUCUAUGCCUAGUUCCUGAAUCUGAAGAAGGGUACCGACCCGAAAUGUCCUCUGUCCAUUCCCUCUGCAGAUACACCUGACCUGCUGAGUUCCUCCAGCACUUUGUACUUUGCUCAAGAUUCCAGCAUCUCCAGUUCCAUGCCAAGAUUCUCCAUACAUUUGCCAACUUCUCACCGUCAAGAAAUAUUCUGGUUUUCUGUUCUGCUGACCAAAGUGAACAGCUUUUCAUUUUCUUGCAGUGUUCUCUCACUUCAAAGCUGUCUCAGGUGGGAACCAAUAUAAAACACAUGAAGCACACACUGUUUGCGAGGGACAACAUGAGAUAUAGUGAUCAGUGGGUGACAUUUGGUGAAAAUUGCUCAGUGCUGAAUCCAUUUAGCACUUUUCAACCCCCCCCUCCCAUCCUCUUCCCAGGUUCUCUGGCCACUUAAUAAAUCACACUUGGCCUCGGAAAACCAGAUUCAGCAUUUCAGCAGGUAACCAUUCACGCAGAGGGACACAGUUCACAAACAAGGUCAUAAGUGAUAGGAGUAGAAUUAGGCCAUCAACGCAUCAAGUCUACUCCGCCAUUCAAUCCUGAUUGAUCUAUCUCUCCUUCCGAACCCCAUAGAAACAUAGAAAUUAGGUGCAGGAGUAGGCCAUUCGGCCCUUCGAGCCUGCACCGCCAUUCAAUAUGAUCAUGGCUGAUCAUCCAACUCAGUAUCCCGUACCUGCCUUCUCUCCAUACCCCCUGAUCCCCUUAGCCACAAGGGCCACAUCUAACUCCCUCUUAAAUAUAGCCAUUCUCCUGCCUUCUCCCCAUAAUCCCCGACACCUGUAGUACACAAGUAUUGAUCUGGGAUCAGGAAAGCUUGCAUGAUUGAUGAAAUGGUGGUAGAGAGUUGGUUUCUUCAACAGAAAUAACUUGUAUUUAGUCCACGAUGUCCCAAUGCCUCAAACGUUUUACCACCAAAUUAGAUACUUAAUAGUCAUAACUAUUAAUAGUCACAAUCAUUGUGAAUUAAUGGUCAUAACUAUUUAGUCACUCAUAAGAGCACCAAAAAGAUACGUUUCAGAGUUGUUGGUUUGAAAUUUAAAUUCUUUACCAAUAUAGAAACAUUGGGCUAAUUUGCAUCUCCCCACGAGAGCAGAUGGUACCUUAGUCUAACAUCGCCUGAUGACUGUGCAAAUGGCAGUGCAGCAUUGUCACAGAUGGGCACUGGGUUGUGCCCACCCUGGACUUGUGCUUCAGUCUCUAGAGAUGGACUUGCAUCCACAACCAUGUGAGAGGCUGACAGGUGAGCUAUAUCUCAGCCGUGAGAUCAUUGUGCGGCUUGCUCCUUUUCCCCACCCUAGAUCACAGAUGAACCAUUAAAGCCGACCCCAUGAGUUCAAGCGAAGAUCAAAGCUGGGGCGUCCACAUCUGAAAUCCUCCUCACACCCACUCCAAAUGCCUGCAAACUUCCAUGGCUGGAUUACCAAAUACCAGUGGAUAUUCUUCGCCCUCAUGUGGUGUAAAUAAAAGGGAAAUUGGGAAUCUAUAUAUUUAAUCUUUUUGCCUUGCAGAUUUAAAUGGUGUGUGUGUGUGUGUGUGUGUUUUACUUGCAUUAGCCUUCACUUUAGGAGAUUUUGGGCCCCAGGUUAUGACUCAACAGUAGACAUGGACAUAUCACUUUAUUUUUUUAAAUAUUGUCCUCACAAAGCAUCUGUGCACGAUACACUUGUAUUUAUUUACUGUAACAAAAUAAUUCUUCCUGAGGCACUUCACGGGAGUGUUGCCACAAAACUGAAAAAUAAAUAUCUUCCUAACAUGGCAUGGGAUUGUGGGGUGACUAUGGGGAGUAGAGAGGCAGUGAACUUUAGGGAGGAAAUCCCAGAAUUUAAGAUUCUGGAGGAGGUUAUGGAAAUGGGGAAAGAUUAGGAACAUGUGACUAUGGGGAGUAGAUCUAGCCAGCUGCUCGUUUGAUGACUGGCUGAUGACUGCUGACCAGAUAGACGAAGAUUACGGUGUUCUCUUUCACAAAGCCCAUGUAUAAACUUACUCUCUGUGAAACCUCCACAUGAGGGCAGUGAUUUUCUGUACAUCUAAGGGCCCCACUAAUCUGUUGAUUCUUUGCUUUGUAGCUUGGGUGGCUGCUAAGCAGCAAAUUACGCUCUGGUCCCAUAGUGUGCAGUAGUUUUACUGAGUAUAGUUAUAUCCACCCAAACUCCUGACCAGUCGGAACUAGGUUUCCCGCAAUUGUGCAAAAUGUGUUUGUUGACGAACAGAGAAACCUUUAUAGGACACCAGUCAUUGUGGACCAUAGCAAUAUUUAUCCUGCUAUCUUGCCCACCAAUCUAAUUCUAACCCUAUCAGCGUUUCUUUUUGACUUUGCCUUAUGGUAGUAAAUUUUACAUUUUCACCAUGCCUUGAGGGAUUGAUGAGCCCACACCUCAUCCACAGCAACGAGAUCAAACCUGCAGUGAACUUAGCCAGAAUCCAGGUGUUCCCAUCUUCCUGGCCCUGAUGUUCGAGAGGCUUCCAGUGUGCCAAGACGUGUGAAUGUGCAUCCAAAUCGUGUUCUUGGGUUGACUUGCUUUUUUUUUUUUGUAACACGCCUGUACCUUGGACUCUUGGCUGUAGAGGAGAGGAGGGAUUGAGUGGGAUUGGCCAUUUCUUUUGUAAAUAUACAUUCUCUAGCGUUUCCAAAUGAGGAAGAGGAUGGCAUUGUGCAGCGGGGGUUGUACUGCUGCUGAUACGGAGACAAGUGCGCUGUUUCUUGUAACUUGCCUGUUAGUGUAAUGGAGUGGUGCUUGGGAAUGUGUUGGGGUCACUCAGACCUGUCCAUCUUUGGCUUUUGCUUUAAGGUUUCUUUGGAAUCCUGUAUAUUGCAAUGGGUGUCAAGAUAGUAUUUUAAUAUUUGUACAAAGUUAAUUUAAUUUUAAUUGUACUAUGUAUAUAACUGCAUUUCUAAAUAAAUUUACUCUAAGUGAGGUAACGGUCA